AUGCAGCCAGUCAAUCCAAUUUCAAUAGAACAGCCUCAAGGGCCAAGCUUUACCGUUGAGGAUGGACACAUUGUCAGAUGGGCCAAUUGGAUUUUCCACCUUAAGGCAGACCCGCGAGCUGGGAUGGUGAUCUCUAAAGCCAUGAUUCCAGAUUCUGAGACUGGUGAAUUCAGGAGUGAUGUACAAGGGAUUUGCUUCAGAACUAUUUGUGCCAUAUAUGGACUACUGUCAAAAUUGACCGUAUAUUCAGCCCAACAUGAUUUGCAUUUUCGAGUGAUAUCGGUUGGCGGCAUUCAGAGCUCCCGGUCAACGGUUUUGAGUUAUAUUGUGACAAAUUUGUGGGAGGCAGGGAUUGAACCCCUGACCUCCAGCAUCACCUUUAAUAGUGAUGACCACUGGACCAAAUGGCCAGUGGCUAACGGUUUUGAGAUAAGAGAAGCAAGGCCGAAGAUAACUCUUGUAGCUAGAAUGGCAGCAUCAGUUGGAAACUAUGAUUACAUAUUCGACUGGGAGUUUCAAAUGGAUGGUUUAAUCCGAGUCCAGGUGAGCUUGUCAGGAAUGCUAAUGGUGAAAGGAACUCCAUACGAAAAUCUCAAUCAAGUGCCAUCAAAUGUAGAAAUGUCCACUCCUCUAGUAUCAGAAAACGUACUUGGUGUUGUGCAUGAUCAUUUCAUUACUUUUCAUUUGGACAUGGACAUUGAUGGCUCAAACAAUUCUUUCGUCAACAUUAAUCUUGUCAAGGAAGAGAAUCUGGGGGGACAAUCUCCUAGAAAGAGUAUCUUGAAGGCCAAAAGACAAGUAGCCAAAAAUGAGGAAGAUGCAAGAAUAAAGCUUAAGCUCUACGAUCCUUCCGAGUUUCAUUUCAUUAACCCUUCCCGGUUUUCUAGAUUAGCCAGUUUUCUAGAUCUUGAUGAUCCCCCACAAUUGCGAGCUGCUUUCACCAACAAUCAGAUUUGGGUGACUCCCUAUAACCGAUCAGAACAAUGGGCUGGUGGGUUUCUAGUGUAUCAAAGCAAGGGGGAAGAUACACUUGCUGUCUGGUCUGACAGGAAUCGUCCAAUUGAGAACAAGGAUAUUGUGCUGUGGUACACACUGGGAUUUCAUCACGUACCAUGCCAGGAGGACUUUCCUGUGAUGCCUACAGUGUCUUCUAGCUUUGAUCUAAAGCCUGUCAAUUUUUUCAAAAGCAAUCCUAUUCUUGGAGUAAUGCCCAAUUUCGAGAAGGACCUGCCAAUUUUAUUGCCUGUGAAAAGCCACGCUAAAUGGGCAAUUCCUCGCUACUCAACAUUUGCUAGCAAAUUGCUAACAUAA